CCCAUCGGUGUCGGAUGCUCCCCUGCGGUUGCGAUUUGCACUUCUGCAAUCGGGGAUCCUGCAGUCCUGCCGCAUUGAUGUCAGUGAAAAUAUUGAUGCUAUGUAGAGCAUGAAUGCGAGCGUCGUCUUUGAUUUCCGCUUGCAAUAGAGGUGCCGUUUUCAGCAAGCUAUGGCUGAGUGAUGGCAAAAUGACUCAUGGCAGGGCGGCCUGGGCCCAAGAUUAAGUAUCGAGACAGCAUUUCACUCCCUCAUAAUCACACCAAGAAGCAAACGCAGCAAACUCGCACUCUCACACCAACUUUAAAAAACAACGAGGGCCAGCCAGCUACAUUCGGUACUCGUUGCGAUUCUGAACGUGGAAAACUACGACGUCAAUUGGCCAGUCGACUCAAGGAUGACUUAAAGAAGGCUUCACUGGAUGGUAUCUUCUGCGAUUUGGAACUGGAAAUAAAUCACUCAAAUACAAUCACAACUCAUAACUGCAUCGUUGAAGCAAGGGCACGCCGAUUUUACUUAAGAUUUUGCGCAGGGAAAAAGGCCAAGACAGACAAGAACACUUGGAGAGUCACUUUGCCAUUUGGAGUGUCGGAAAAUCUGAUUAGCAAAUUUCUUAGGAAUUUGUACAGUGAGGAAGACACUUUCAAUGAGGAGAGCUCAAUAAUCAGCCACAUAGACGAAUGUUUGGCCACAAGUCCAGAAUAUGAAGCGUACAUCACGCCCCAAUUGACGCCAGGAGACAUCCGUGACAUUUGCCAGGAACAACAAGUGAGUGAGAGCCUACGAAGAAGCAGAUCCUACUACUACUCGCUUGUGCCACUUGAUGACUUUGACCAGAAGGACCUUUUAGAUCAGGAGCUUGAAGAGCAAGACGAACUCAUCCGCUCAUUUCGGCAAAUUAAAGCUGCCAAUAAGCCAAACUUUCUCAACCUUGCACCAUCUAGUCAGCGAGCCAAAAAAACCAAACAGCUUGAAGCAUUUUUGGUGGAGGAAAUACCUUUGCCAAAACCAACCAAACCAGCUCAAAUCGAGUCCAAUUCAUCCUCGCCUUGCUCACUAUACACGCCAGAGGAAAUGGAAUCGAGUCGGACUCAGGACUCGGGAAUGGAGAGUGGAAUGUACACUGCAAACGAGGAUAAUACGUGCAAGAGUCUGGUUCCAAGUGACACCUCUGGAGUGUCAGAUGAUCACAAGCUGAACAAUUGUGCCACAAUGGCCAGUAUAUCAGACGCGGAGUCGGAUAGGGAAGACCUACCUUUGGAAGAGCUUAAGGCUGACGACAAAAAGGGAAAGCCAGUAAUGCACGUGGAGCCACUGAUAAGUUUGGAUUCUCUGCAUUCAGUAAAAGUGGAAGAAGCCGACGAACUCCUCAUUGACCUUAGUGACAGUCCUGUCAAGAAACCAAAUCCCGGCGCCAUCUCCAAAAUUAAGAAUUCUAAAUCGAGUGAACGCAUAUCCAAGUCUCUGUUGGAGAUGCAAGACUUGAUUUUCUUACCCAACACCAAUUCUUCGCUUGAAGCUGGAUCCAAAAAAGAUGAACCGUUUUGUCUGAUAACAAGCAUAGAACAAGAUUACCUAGAGUUGGGCAGCAUGGCCACUCCCAGCAAAAAUAGUCACUCCACAAUUCCGCAAUUUGCAACUUACGACGUGAACAAGUCGUCAAACAGGAGCAGCGGUAAUUUCUUCAUUGAUGCCUCAUCCCUCUUGGACGAAACAGAAAUCCCUUCGUCCGACUGGUUGCAGAGCAAGAGCGAAGAAAAAAUAUCGAUCACUGGCGUCACCACUACAUGCAGCGAUGACGCACCUGCCCCAGCUGCUAAAAAUCUGGUUACCUUCGCCGCGGCUAACAUGGAGAGCCCAAUCUUGAUAACUCAGGUGCAGCGCGCUCAUGACAAAAGAGAUCUAUCCGAACAAGAGUUAGUUUUGAAAAGCAAACUGGAAGUGAUGGCAAAGUACAAGAACGAUUCAACGGAUACGCCGGCGCGUAAGGAUAUAGAGAAAAAGCAGGGUGAACUGCUAUUUAAAAACUCUAUACCGGCGUUUUCAAAACACGUUACAGGCUCCGAGGGACAAAUUAGCGGAAACAAGCUGGAUGAUGCAACUUACCCCAGCUUUGAGUUUCCAACAGUCAAUACUGCUCAGGACGUCCAGACGCCGGAUUCUCUAAAUGGCAUUGCGGAUGACGACUUUGAAAGCCAAGAAACAAUGAAUGAGAAGAAAAGCAAUACUCAGGCAGCUGAAAGUAAUAAAUCAUCAGAAAUCAGACCGCCGACAGAAACACCUACGUCAAGCCCAUACUUUGCUAGGAAGUUGGACGCAACUGCGUGGGUCGUUGACAUGGGUGAGCCUGUGAAUGCUGUCAAGAAACCGAAGAAAAACUUUUUAGCGACGCAGCUAGCUACUAUGAAAAUAGCUGAUGAUCAGGAACCAGAAAAUAUUAAGAGGAAGAACUCAGGCCUUGGAUUUUUUGUUGACUUGUCAGAUAGCGAAUCAACGCAGACCACGCCUCGGCAGCAAAAGGAGACUGACAGUGAAAAAGAAAGUGAGACAUCUGAGGAGAAGAAGAAGUCCUCCUUUUUUUACAUUGAUAUUGGUAACGGCAAAUCUAAAUCUGAAAUUCCAAAGAAGUUAGCCGAGCGAAGAGUAUUUUCUAGAGAAGUGUCACGAGAGGAUGAAAAGAAAGAAGAUGAGACUGUGGUAAGACGGAAACCAGGCUCAAAUAGAAACAGUGCCAACCGUCUUUCUUGGCACGAGGCGAAGCAAGCCGAAGAACACAAAAAGCACAAAAGAACACAGAGUUUGUGUGGCGAAUUCAAACCAGAUGUUUUGCAGAAGUCUGAGUCAAUGUCUAAAAUCAAGUCGGGAUCUCCUCCAGAUUCUCUGAUUGAGGAAGAUAAAUCUGAGAAAAUGACAAGAAGCUUGGAUGAGACUUUCUCUGCCGAGAAAGUGCUUGGAAAGCCUGAUUUAGAGCCUGUUGUGGAAGAUGCGAAGGCGACCAGAACCUUUGUCAAACUGUCUGACAUGGACAAUAGACCAACAGUUCGGUCAGAAAGCAAGUUUUCUGAUGGAAAGUCGUCCAGCAAGAAGGUUGAAGAAAGCUCUUGGAUUGAAAACAAACUGAUGGUGAGAGGAGCGAGGAGUGGAAUCCGAAGUAAGAGCCCAGGCAAAGGCCUCUUGAUGUGCCACAGUCCUAAUCAGGACACAGAUGACUCUGAAAUGAGCAGCAUGCAGAGCAGCGUAGACAGAUCAGGAUUAGAUGCCAGCACAGAGGAAACUGACAUUUCCUCGUCAUUUCCUCAAAGAGGAGGCCCAUGUUCCAGACUAGGGGAAGACUUGUUGCGGAUGUUUAUUGAAGAAAUUAACACUGAUGUUGUGGUUGAAAUCGCGGGACGCAGGAUUAAAGCACACAAGUGCAUUUUGGCAUCCCGUUGUCAGUACUUUGCUGCCAUGUUGAGCGGUGGCUGGGUCGAGAGCGCUGGAAACGUCAUUGCUCUACAAGGGUUCAGCUUCCAUGCUGUGCACUUUGCAUUGAGCCACAUAUAUUCUGGAACAAAUAACAUCCCUGACAGCUUGAGCAUAGUGGAGUUGGCAACAUUAACUGACAUGUUGGGCCUUGAAGGUCUAAAGGAGGUGAUCAUGUACACCUUAAAGGUCAAAUAUUGCCACUUUUUCCACAAGCCUUGUUCCGUGUGUGCCGUGGGUGUAUUGGAAUGCCUGCCCCUUGCUGCUGCUUACGGGUUGGAUGAAAUUUACCACAAAAGCCUGAAGUGGAUCACCAAGUACUUUGUGCGCAUCUGGCCGAGUAAAGCGUUUGCUAAUCUGCCCAGGGAGUUGGUCGACAAAUGCUACCUACAGCAUGUGGUGCACAUGAGCGUAGACAAUGUGCUUGAUACUGUUAUGAGCUGUGAUCGCCUGCUAGCCACUUUGCCUAGUGUGCGGUGGGCCGAAGCUGUUUACGCUCUGACCUCGCAAUUACUGGACGCUUGCGUUACUUACAUGGCAGACCACUUCAGCAGUGUAUUGACGAGCGACAGAUUUGUUAGCUUGGGCAAAGAACUCAGUUGGAAUAUCAGCAGAUUGGAAGACAGUAUCAUGAGUGCCGUAGACUGUCUUCCGCCUGAGCAGGCUUGCCAAAGUCACACAAAACUGAGCAGAAUUUUGACCGUUGCAGCUGCUCCAGAUCCUCCACCUGAGAUGCAAUGGAGUGCGAGUUUUGUAGAGCUGCUGGAAAGAAUCAAGGUUCGUGUUGAGGCUGGACUGAUCCGUAUGGGCUCCAGAGCUAUGAGAUGCAAAUCAUGGGCCAUGCUUGCUUCAACCAUAAGAACAAAAGUGCAAGAAUCCGCUUGUCUUGGACAUGACGUCGAUGAGUCCAGGAGAUCGCGCUCGCUUAGCUUAUCAAAGAGUGGUAAACGGUCGAGAGGGGGCAGUGGAGGUAGUGCGUAUGGCUCGGCUCCCAGAUAUCAAGGUGGCAGGUUGAUUGGAGCGGCUCCUCCAAACCUGGAUCUUCGACAAGUCACCCUGGCGAUGACUCGAGGACAGCCGGUGGCAACUGUGCAGCCUAUGCCUGUCAGGAAAGCGCCUGAGGCACCAGCCAAUCAGCCAGAAGUGAUACUACGACACAGGCAAACCAGAGGACGCCCCACAGCCACCUCCAAACUAGAAAGCAGAUUGACCAAAUCUGACAUCAGUUCAUCUAGACCCAAAUCAUGGCCACAUAAAAUCCUAGAGAACCAAACAAAGUCUACGCAGAAAGGUGGUGCAGCUGCCAGCAACAGUUCUAGCGCUACAGGAACCAGAACCGCUACUCCAGAGAAAUCCUCAGUGCCUGCUCGAGUGAAGCAGUCUAGCUCAGAGUCUUCCAGGACAUCAUCGCCCGCGUUCAAAGAAAAGCAACGCCCGCAGGCAACAGUCAGCCGCAAGCCCAUAGAGCCCAUGAAGUCCGCAUCAUCCUCACACAUCCCCGUUGCCAAACCGUUCCUCUCUCCUGUGCUUCGCGGCUCGCGGAUUGUCGACUCUUCAGCCAGCAAGUCAGUGUCGGAGACGCGAACCAAAAACUCGCCCAUCCCAGCACUAAGGUCUCGCAUCAUGAAUCGCUCCUCGCAGCCAUGUUUGUCUGACAGGCGGCUCUCCAAUGGUUCCUUAGGAGGCAAAAGUUCAACGGCUUCGUCACCAGCCAAGCAGGCCAGCAACCCGUCGAUUCCCUCCUCUCCAGCUAGGAAGAAGCCACCAACAAUGAAGGAUGAGCAGGCAAGACCUCCAUUCCGACUUGGUGGUACUUCAGCAGAGCGCAGGCCCAACACAUUGAUGGAGAAGGCCAAGGCGGCCGCGCCAAAGCGACCCCUCAAAGGACAAGAGAACAAAGUUGUUGUCAAGAAGGCCGAGCCUUUAAAGCGGCGUCAACCGGUGCCUUUGUCGCAGUCGAGCUCGGCGCCUGCGAUCAACAAAGGGUUCAAACCGAAGCUGCUGAGCAAUUCGUCAAGGUCGGGCACCUUUUUAAAGGAUGAACCGACUGUCCUCAAAAAACCAGUCAUCAAGUAGGUCACCUAAUUGCUGUGUAGCAAAAAUUUAUUGAUUCCAACGUUCUUGUUCCUUCUGGUCCCUAGUCAGCCAUGCAAAGGCUAUUGUUAUUUUUUGUUAUUGAGGUUGACCAUUCACAUUUUAAUUCAGAUUGAUAUAUUUUUGUUUGUGCAGCACAAACUUCUUAUUAUUCCUGCUUCACUGCAUUUAUUCAAUGCUAAAGGGUUGGUUGUAUUUUGAGCCUUGUACUAUUAGAAUCUCUAAAUUUUAACUUGAGCUUCAAUCGUAGCUACUUAACACUUUUCGUUUAUUUAAAUGGCUGAAAAUUCAACUUUUUCUUUGCAUCGUGAGCAAAUAUUCUUAACCGACUACUAUGAUAAAUUAUUGGUGAUUUUGUUGCAUUUCAUCAUUCUGUGAUAGACAAUUCUAUGAUGUGUAGUGUUUCUAAUAGAUUUUCUUGGUUUGUGUGGCUGACAAGAAUGAUAUGUCUACGGAACCAAUCCUCUGAUUUGAAAGCCUCUGAGCCGUUCAAGGCGUCAUCGCAUAUAAUUAUGUUUCUCCUAUUACAAAUGUAUGACAAAUUAUCGUAUAUCAUAAGAUAUAUAGAUUCAAAUAAUAUUACCUAUGACAAACACUAUUCACCAACAAACAAAAAGUAAUAUUAUCUAUCAUGCUCUAGUGUAUAAUACAGAAGCCGGAUACAAAUUUUGUAGUUUUUAAAUAGCGUGGCAAUAAUUAUUUGUGGAUUUCUUUACCGUUUCGAUAGCCAAUAUAUUAGUAACACCACAAAACACUGCAAUCAUUGUUGUAUGUUCAAUUAAAUAAUUUUUUCCUCACCAAGUUUGAGUCACAAACAAGUUAACUAGAAAAUGAUGUUAUAUUUUGCUGCUCGACGUACUUACAAUGCUUGUCAUUUUGUCUAUUGAAAUAUGCAUUUUCUAAACUGCAUGACGUGGUUGUGUUUUCUACAACUUUCAAAAUGUGACUCGUUGCAUUUUCCUUCGCUUAAUUCAUUCCCGCCGAUACUUAAGCUAAAUGUAUUCCACACGAUAAACAUGAAUAUAUUAUGUAAAGGCACGGUGGAUGCAAACAUAAAAGUGAUAAAAUUUAUGCAAUGGCCAAAACACAACCUUCCACAUGAUGAGAUUGACAAAAAAAUUUAUUUUGUGAACUGGGCUAAGUGCAAAGUUGUAUGAAAAUAAGAAAUUUAAAAAAUAAUUUCUUUCCACUUAAAUCAAUCGGCCUUGCGUAUUAUAUUUUAUGUUAAAUUGUCUCAUAAUAUCUACUUAUGGGCUUAAUGUUUAUUUAACAAAAAUAAAGCACUUAAAUGGACUAAAUAA